AGAAAAAGAAACAGGUCUAAGUGUCUAACCAAACUCUCAUUUCAGUAUUUCGCUACUCCUCACUUCACAGCUUCCCCAAUCCCCCACAUAACCCCGUCACUCUCGCCGUCUCCUCAUCUCUUUUCCCCCUCAACUCUGCUAUUCCAUGCCUUCAGACAAAACCGCCGUCAUCGCCUGGGGCUCUGGGGAAGAUGGACAAUUAGGAAUAGGCAAUAAUGAAGACAGAGAUUUGGUUUGUCAAGUUAAAGCUCUUGAAAAAUAUUCUGUAUCUUCUAUUGUUGCUGGAAGUCGCAACUCUCUCGCUCUUUGUGAAGAUGGCAAGUUGUUUACAUGGGGAUGGAAUCAAAGAGGAACUUUGGGGCAACCACCUGAUACUAAGGCCGAGAACGUUCCUAGCCAGGUUAAAGCUCUUGCCAAUGUGAAAAUUGUACAGGCGGCCAUUGGCGGGUGGCAUUGCUUAGCUGUUGAUUAUCAAGGCCGUGCUUAUGCUUGGGGUGGUAAUGAGUAUGGGCAGUGUGGUGAAGAUCCCGAGAGGGAUGAAACCGGUAGACUUCUGAGAAGGGAUAUUGUGAUUCCACAACGUUGUGCACCUAAGCUUGAAGUUCGCCAGGUGGCUGCUGGAGGUACGCAUUCAGUGGUCCUUACACGUGAAGGACACGUAUGGACUUGGGGUCAGCCAUGGCCACCUGGGGAUAUAAAGCAAAUUUUUGUCCCCGUUCGGGUACGAGGACCCCAAAAGGUGCGUUUAAUUGCAGUGGGAGCAUUUCAUAAUUUGGCUCUUGAAGAAGAUGGGACCUUAUGGGCUUGGGGUAAUAAUGAGUAUGGACAGCUUGGAACUGGAGAUACUCAACCAAGAUCACAGCCUAUUCGUGUACAGGGGCUUUCUGGUCUUACACUGGUUGAUAUUGCUGCUGGUGGGUGGCAUUCGACUGCUUUGACUAGUGCAGGAGAGGUGUAUGGUUGGGGUAGAGGGGAACAUGGCCGACUUGGAUUUGGAGACGACAAGAGCAGUAAAAUGUUGCCUCAGAAAGUGCAACUUUUAGCCGGAGAAGAUAUAAUUCAGGUGUCCUGUGGAGGAACUCAUUCAGUGGCACUAACACGUGAUGGAAGCAUAUAUACUUUUGGGCGAGGUGACCAUGGCCGUUUAGGAUACGGGAGGAAGGUCACGACUGGUCAUCCAAUGAAAGUACCUAUAAACCUCCCACCUCCAGAAAGUGUUAGUGAGGAGGAGGAGGAAGGAGUUGAAGGUUGUUGGCGGGCAAGCCUCAUAGCUUGUGGUGGUAGACAUGCUCUAGCUCUCGUUCAAUGGCAACCUAGUGAAAAUAAUGAAUAAAAAGCUACCCGUAUUCGGUAUACCAAACAAACUUUCUAAGAAUGAAACUUGUAUGCAAACUGAUGGAAAAAAGUUAAAUUGUACCUGUAGUUUACUUCUGUAUCUAAUAAAUUAAUAAAUGGUGGUUUUGUGCA